GAGCCUGGAGCCAGCAUGGCUGCAGGGGUGCUUGGCGCUGAGGACCUGCUCUGUAGCUGGGACCGGCUGGUGUGGGACCUGACCUGCCGGGCGCUGAGGACGUGCAGAGGGGGAAACCUUCGGGUCCUGCAGCUGAUGCUGAAACCAUGGUGCUUCUCCAGGGCUGUCUACCAGAUGACGGAGGGCCGUCGAUGUCAAGUACAUCUUCUUGAUGACAGGAAGCUGGAACUCCUAGUACAGCCCAAGCUUUUGGCCAAGGAGCUGCUUGACCUCGUCGCAUCUCACUUCAAUCUGAAGGAAAAGGAGUACUUCGGAAUAGCCUUCACCGAUGAGACGGGACACUUAAACUGGCUUCAACUAGAUCGAAGAGUGUUGGAACAUGACUUCCCCAAAAAGUCAGGACCGGUGGUUUUAUACUUCUGUGUCAGGUUCUACAUAGAAAGCAUCUCAUACCUAAAGGAUAAUGCCACCAUUGAGCUCUUCUUUCUGAAUGCUAAGUCCUGUAUCUACAAGGAGCUGAUAGAUGUCGACAGCGAAGUGGUGUUUGAAUUGGCCUCCUAUAUUUUACAGGAGGCAAAGGGAGAUUUUUCUAGCAAUGAAGUGGUGAGGAGUGACUUGAAGAAGCUGCCAGCGCUUCCCACCCAAGCCCUGAAGGAGCACCCUUCCUUGGCCUACUGUGAGGACCGAGUGAUUGAGCACUACAAGAAACUGAAUGGCCAGACCAGAGGUCAAGCAAUCGUCAACUACAUGAGCAUCGUGGAGUCUCUCCCCACCUACGGAGUUCACUAUUAUGCAGUGAAGGACAAGCAAGGGAUACCAUGGUGGCUGGGGCUGAGCUACAAAGGAAUCUUCCAGUAUGACUACCACGAUAAAGUGAAGCCAAGGAAGGGUCUAUACUUCUUCCUCUCUGCCUCUUUCCCAUAUGGCCUUUGUGUCUGUGCAUUGUCUUCUCAAGUUCUGUCUUCAAUCCCUCCUUCUUUUUACACCGACUGUCCUCUAUUCUCGACCUGCCUGGCCGUUUUUCUGCUUGCAAGAGCCAAGAAUACUUCCAGAUCCUUUAACAAAAUCCUGGUUACAAUCUAUCCAGCUCUUGAUGGCCCACUCUGGUGGAAGGCCAAGACCAACGUGGACAUUUCAGAUCCACAGCCGAGUUCAUUAAAAUUCAGCGGGUAUGAAUAUCGGAACCAGGAUGCUUUUGAGAGUGAACGAGGGCGCUGGUUGAUAAUUACACCACCUCAGACCAACUGUAGCUGUCACAGGCAAACCAAGGCCCAUGGAGGCCUGUCAUACCAGCAUGAGCUGGUGGCCAACCUGCACUCCAUCCUGUCUCCAUCUUCCAUGGAGCCAGGAGAUAAUCGAUGCCAGGAGCUCUUUCAUUGCAGUAGCAUAGACCUGUACGAAGUAGACAGCACUGGAAUGAAUGACCCAUCUUCUCCCAGACAAGGCAGAGACUUGGCCCAGUUCUGGAUCCUAAUGAGCCAGGCUUCCGUGACAAGGAGGACGUUUGGACACAGUGGCAUCGCGGUGCAUACGUGGUACGCGUGCCCAGCAUUAAUCAAGUCCAUUUGGGCUAUGGCCAUUAGCCAGCACCAGUUCUACCUGGACAGGAAGCAGAGUAAGUCUAAAAUCCAUGCCGCACGAAGUCUGAGCGAGAUCGCCAUUGACCUGACUGAGACGGGCACGCUGAAGACCUCGAAGCUGGCCAACAUGGGGAGCAAAGGGAAGAUCAUCAGCGGCAGCAGCGGGAGUCUCCUGUCAUCAGGUUCUCAGGAAUCAGAUAGCUCUCAGUCUGCCAAGAAAGACAUGUUGGCUGCCUUGAAGUCCCGGCAGGAAGCUCUGGAGGAAACGCUACGCCAGCGGCUGGAGGAGCUCAAGAAACUCUGCCUCCGAGAAGCUGAGCUGACAGGCAAACUGCCCGUGGAAUAUCCCCUGGAUCCCGGGGAGGAACCACCCAUUGUUCGAAGGAGAAUCGGGACAGCCUUCAAACUGGAUGAACAGAAAAUCCUGCCCAAGGGAGAGGAAGCUGAGCUGGAACGCCUGGAACGAGAAUUUGCCAUUCAGUCCCAGAUUACAGAGGCUGCCCGCCGCCUCGCCAGUGACCCCAACGUCAGCAAAAAACUGAAGAAACAAAGGAAAACCUCUUAUCUGAAUGCACUGAAGAAGCUGCAGGAGAUUGAGAAUGCAAUCAACGAGAACCGAAUCAAGUCUGGGAAGAAGCCCACCCAGAGGGCCUCGCUCAUCAUCGACGAUGGAAAUAUUGCCAGUGAAGACAGUUCCCUCUCAGAUGCCCUUGUUCUAGAGGAUGAAGACUCUCAGGUCACCAGCACACUGUCCCCCUUACAGUCUCCUCACAAGGGACUCCCUCCUCGGCCACCGUCGCACAACAGGCCACCUCCUCCCCAGUCCCUGGAGGGACUCAGGCAGAUGCACUAUCACCGCAACGACUAUGACAAGUCACCCAUAAAGCCCAAAAUGUGGAGUGAGUCGUCGUUAGAUGAGCCUUACGAGAAGGUCAAGAAACGUUCCUCCCACAGUCAUUCCAGCAGCCACAAGCGUUUCCCCAGCACGGGGAGCUGUGCUGAAGCAGGAGGGGGAAGCAGCUCCCUGCAGAACAGCCCCAUCCGCAGCCUCCCUCACUGGAACUCACAGUCCAGCAUGCCGUCCACCCCAGACCUGCGCGUCCGGAGUCCCCACUACAUUCAUUCCACAAGGUCGGUGGACCUCAGCCCGACGCGCCUGCACAGCCUCGCCCUGCACUUUCGGCACCGGAGCUCCAGCCUGGAGUCCCAGGGCAAGCUCCUGGGCUCGGAGAACGACACAGGGAGCCCCGACUUCUACACCCCACGGACUCGCAGCAGCAACGGCUCAGACCCCAUGGACGACUGCUCGUCCUGCACCAGCCACUCGAGCUCGGAGCACUACUACCCGGCGCAGAUGAACGCCAACUACUCCACGCUGGCGGAGGACUCGCCGUCGAAGGCGCGCGCGCGGCAGCGGCAGAGACAGCGGGCGGCGGGCGCGCUGGGCGCGGCGAACUCGGGCAGCAUGCCCAACCUGGCGGCGCGCGGGGGCGGCGGGGGCGCGCCCGGCGUCUACCUGCACAGCCAGAGCCAGCCCAGCUCGCAGUACCGCAUCAAGGAGUACCCGCUGUACAUCGAGGGCGGCGCCACGCCCGUGGUCGUGCGCAGCCUAGAGAGCGACCAGGAGGGCCACUACAGUGUCAAGGCGCAAUUCAAGACCUCCAACUCCUACACUGCCGGCGGCCUGUUCCGGGAGAGCUGGCGCGCCGGCGACGAGGGCGACGCGGGCCGCCUGACGCCGUCGCGCUCGCAGAUCCUGCGGACUCCGUCGCUGGGCCGCGAGGGCGCCCACGACAAGGGCGCGGGGCGCGCCACCGUGUCGGACGAGCUGCGCCAGUGGUACCAGCGCUCCACCGCCUCGCACAAGGAGCACAGCCGCCUGUCGCACACCAGUUCCACCUCCUCCGACAGCAGUUCCCAGUACAGCACCUCCUCCCAGAGCACCUUCGUGGCGCACAGCAGGGUUACCCGGAUGCCCCAGAUGUGCAAAGCCACGUCAGCUGCCUUACCUCAAAGCCAGAGAAGCUCAACGCCAUCGAGUGAAAUCGGAGCGACCCCCCCAAGCAGUCCCCACCACAUCCUAACCUGGCAGACUGGAGAAGCAACAGAACACUCGCCCAUUAUGGACGGGUCUGAGUCUCCAACUCACCAAAGUCCCGAUGAAUAGAGGAGCUACAGUGAUAGCUGUUUCCUGGAUUCCUCCUCCCUCUAUCCAGAACUAGCUGACGUCCAGUGGUACGGGCAGGAAAAGGCCAA